GAUGCGUACAUAUAUUUUUGUGACGACAAAAAAAUAGUUUGACCUCCAUACCCAGGAUGCACUUCGCUCACUUGCCAUCUUGUCGAGUGGUUGGGGUAGAAGAGCGGCAGGCAGGAGUUAGCAGCCUGUUAGCAUACUGCCUCUGUACUAAAGUGGUUAUCUGUCAGCUAGCUGCUAGUAGCAGCUGCCAAAAGUGAGCUGUCCACACGAAGAGAGCCAAAACUUCAACGACUUUGAGACGUUUUCUCUGUCCACCGCUGGAUUAUUUGGUCUUUUUGACAAGCCAAUGGAUUUGUUUACAUCAUGAUAUCGCACACGCUGGUGCCCAGGUGUGGAAAACUAGCUAACAUCAGCUAACUCAGCUAGUCGGCGAGAAAUACAUAUAUAGUUGAGAGAGAAGAGUGGGCUGUGAGACCGGGCCCGCCUCAGACUAAAGUACCGGUGGCAGCUGCUGAACAAGAACUUUGACAAGGGCCUCUUUGCAACUCCGCUGCCGGGACACAAGGAAGGCCGGGUGUCAGAGAGGCCGGAGAAGGAGAGCAGCAGUCGCCUCUGUGCUUUGACCGGACACCGCGGAACAUUUCGGGACUUUCGCAGGGUCUGGCUACCCUUGUGACACUUUUCUCCGACAAGAGAGAGGAAGAGGAACGGUAUGGAAAUGACCUGUGACGGUACGUGUCUGUGUCAUAUCCCUCAGCUGUGAAUUACUUCAGACAUUAGUCUAGCACUUCGUUUCAUCUGGGAGCAGACAGACUUGACGCAGAUAGUCAGCAUGUCGAAAAUGCCAGCAAAGAAGAAAAGUUGCUUCCAGAUCACGAGUGUAACGCAGGCUCAGGUGGCGGCCAGCAGCAUCACCGACGACACCGAGAGCCUGGACGAUCCGGACGAGUCCCGAACAGAAGACGUGUCGUCGGAAAUAUUUGAUGUUUCUCGGGCCGACAUGGGGGUGUGUGAGAGGAGUUCAUCCGAGGAAACUCUUAACAACGUAGGGGAGCCUCAGGAGGGCCAGCUGCCGACCACAGGUCCUGUCAAUGGGGGACUUUCUUACAAAAGUAUAGGCACUGGUCGUGUCACCCCACAUAAUUUAGUAGGAAGUGUGCCUGUGCCAGCUACAGCUCAACCUUUUGUUCCAAACUCAGCCACCCAUCCAUCUACAGUCAUCAAUUCAGCCCCUGCUGUCACUGUCUCUGCCAGUGUGGCUCACACUGCCCCUGUGAGCACCAGCUGUAGUUCCCGUUUCAGGGUCAUUAAACUUGACCAUGGUACAGGAGAGCCCUUCAGACGGGGCAGGUGGACAUGCACUGAGUUCUAUGACAGAGAUUCAGAUUCAAAUGUUAAUCGAACUGUGGAUAGCAUAAAGCCAACUGUGACCCUUGAUCACAGUAUCGACAGAGACAGUGGGCUAGGGGCUACUAUUAACUCUGUGGUCACUAGCAGUGCACAGGCUUCAGAGAACGCCGCGGACAGUGGUUACUCCAUCGGGAACCUUGCCCACCCCCACGCUUCAGAGCCUCAGCAGCAAGGCUACAGCUUGGCUCCUCAGAUAGGGAGCGGGACAAGUGCCUUCCAGCCCACAGGGUAUACAUCUACAGCAUCACAGCAGCCACAACAGGGUCAGGUCAAUAUGCAACCUGGUGCCCCCCAAACCUUCCUUUCCAAUAGCCUCAAUGGUGUGCACCAAGGUGCCAUGCAGCAGAAGGCUCCCAUUAUGCCUCCUGUCACGCAAGCCCAGCAGUUUGCCUAUUCCUCUCAUCCCACUGGCCUCUCAGGUGGUCAGCUGGACUAUCGACAACAGCACUUUGGCUCAAGCACUCAGAACCUUCCCAUGUCAACCCUCCCUGUGGGGCCUUCAACCAGCCAGGUACCCUCAUCUCUAUUAACCAGUGCUGGUGCAGGGGCCCACCGGCUGGGUGGGGAGGCAGGCUCAGUACAGGCCCUCCUCCUACAAGUGGGCAAUGCAGCAGCCAUGGCUCCCAUCCUUACAGGAAGUGGCCAACAUCCUAAUGUCAACCAGACGCAGCCUUCAGGAGGGAUACCCCCCAACUCCCAAAGCAGUGUCCAGAAUGCGCCUGCCACAGUGCCCAGUACCACCAACACCCCUCCGGGUGGAGGACUUGUCCAGCCCCAGGGAGCCCACGGAGGAGCCACAACAGGCCUUCCCUCUGGCUUCAGUAUCCAGGCAGACGAUAGUAGGCAGAAGUCUGAUGUCCUACCUCAGUCCAGUGCCCUUGUGGUGCCAGGGAAAGAUGGUGUAAAUCCUUUUAUCGGUGAAGGCCUCAACCUGCCCACUCCUUCUGUCAACAGCCUGUUUGGCAUCCAAAUAACCAUGAAUGUGGAUGACGACAGUGCAUCCGGUGCCAGCGUCGUUGCCAUCGAUAACAAGAUUGAACAGGCAAUGGAUUUGGUGAAGAGCCACCUGAUGUAUGCUGUUCGUGAGGAGGUGGAGGUGUUAAAGGAGCACAUCAAGGAGCUGUACGAGAGGAACUCGGUGUUGGAGCGCGAGAACGCCGUGCUGAAGUCGCUGGCCAACUCGGAUCAGCUCGGUCAGCUGUCCACUCAGCUCGUCCAGAGCAGCAGCACGUCGCCGCCACUUCUGCAGCAGCAGCAGCACCCGCUCGUCACCAACAACAACAACAACAACGAGGGGAGCCAGAGUGUCCCUCAUCAGCCCAACAUCACGUCGGCGUGAUUCCCCUUCUUCAGCACACACACUCAAACACACACCACCCACGGACAGGAGUGGAAGAUCCUGUUAGUAAUGACAACAACUGCUCCCGUCCCCAUAGCUCCAUAAAGCAAAAGGCUUGGCUCUGCAUUCAAUAUGCUCCAUUCGAGGAAAAAUCAACAACAGCAACAUCUUUGUUUGCCACCAAGAGCCAUGCUUCAGUGUGUGCACGCUGCCGUCGCCGGGCCUUCACAUUAUUAAGACAUUUUACCACCCUGUCAAAGUCUUAUUCUGUCCCCCGUGGUAGGCUGCAAAGAAAGCUGAAAAAGGAGGAGUGGCAGGGGAGCCGGUGCACACCAUAAAACUGCAUGCUGUUCUUGUGCAGGGGAUGGUGUCAAAGGGGCGCAGAGAGCUUGAUUUGUCUGGGCAAAAGUGGUGGAAAAGGGCGGUGCAAUCCUGUGAAGGGACUGACGUAGGUCCUGUAACAUCCAGCAGGGACUGUUCCUCCCGUUAUCCCCAUGCCACAUCACUCUCUGGCCCAGAAGAGUCCAGAGAACUCGGGGUGGGGCAGGUCGUGGGGGUGGGGCAGGUCGUGGGGGGAGUUGGGGAGGGUGGGGAUGGAAGUAUUCGUCCUGCCUGAGCGGAGGACACCAGCGGUUGCCUCGGCAUGAGUGGAGCAAGUCGAGAGCCUCGGCUUGUAAUAUGCUGCAACAAAUGCUUGUGUUGUUUUCUCAGAGCCACCGUUCUUUGACAUGAAUCAUUAUACCUUUUUUUUUUUUUUUUCAUUAGUUCAGUUUUAGUAUUUGCAUUUAUUUAUUUCAGGGCUGCUAUUUUCAUAAUGUAAGUGAACAGUGUCAUGGAGAUACUUAUUAAAAACAAAAAAGAAAAACCUUUCUCUUUGGUCUUUUGGUAUUUUAGAAUCUGUCAGGUAUUAAAUUUGGUAGUCUCUCCUGCAACAAGUUAGAUCUCAGUAAGUAGGCAAUAAGUUCCAUACUAGAAAACCUUUUCUUCUCAUGAAAUAGUGCUAACACUAAAGCCGAGCUUACAUUAGGUGAAAUCCAGGUUGAAUGUAUAUUUUGUAAAGUGUAAAGUAUUAAGAGCGAGGAGGGUCUGUACAGGAGAACACCUGUUGUUAAAGAUGUGAUGGGAUGUUUCGAUAAAGAAAACUAUUAAUGUACCUUUUUUUUUUUUUUAAGACUUUCUUUGUCAAAACAAAAAAUAAAUAAUUUGUGGGUUUGGUUGGGGGAUGAAAAGCUGUGAAAAUUGUUUGACCUACUUUAUAACCAAAGACGCAAAGCUGUGUAAGUCUUUUUUUUUUUCAUUUUUAAAUGCACACUCAUACUUUUUUUCUACUCUCUCCUUCCCUAUAUUUUUUUUUUUUGUCGCUCUUUUGCAUGUUCUGCAUGAUCUAUAAUCAAACCACUUUCUUACCUCAUGUUUUUAUCUAGCACUCUUUAUUUUUUCUGUCAGUCUGUGAAUGAUUGUGAGAGGAUUUAUGAAUGAGAAAGGGAACAAUGAGGUGCAGAGAGGGGGCAGAGUCGAGAGGGAGGAGCAAGAUAAAGAAUGGAAAGGUGUUUGUGUCGGGGAGGGAAGGGUCAGAAAAGGAGCCAUCUUUUUUUUUUGUCAUGUAAAUGCUGUGUUGACUUUCAUAUGCAGAGAAAAGGUUUUGUUACAUUGCCGAUUUUAAUGUAUUUAAUGAAUGCAGCAUUUAGAUUUUCGAUCGUAGUGUACCAACACUUUGCUUACAAAGGAAAAACAAACAACUAGACGAACGUUAUCUGCAGAAAACAAAAACGAUGGAAACUAUUAAACAUUUCACACUUUAAAAGCCGGAACCCAGUCGAUUGUGUGCGAGCAUAUUAUGGGAUGUCCUGUCUGUGUCAUGUCUUUUGUGCCUCCUGCGCCGUCGCCUGCUGUCGCCAGGCGAUUCGGUUUCUCUGUGGCUUAGAACCAAACCAAAACGCUUGGUAAAUGUACAAUCAGUCAUCUUUUUACAGGAUGGACUCUAUGAUUUCCUUUUUUUUUUUUGCAAAUGGGCUUAUUUCUGCACUCGUUUAGACUUUUUUUUUUUUUUUCGUUUUUCUUUAGUUUGAAGGAGAUGCCGUGUACAUGCCAAGUGUACUGUAUGAAAGUGAUCACUGAGCCUUGGAUAAAAUAUCUUAAUGCCCUUGUUAAUGUGCUGUUUCAGACAAUUUUAGUUUCCAGUCAAAAAUAAAUUACUGUUUUAUUAA